AUGGAUCGUACUCGGUUGCCGAGCGUGCGCACCUUGAUGGAUAUCGUCGACACCGCUAUGACGGAUCCUAUGCUCAUUGAUUCCGAUAGAGCCGGUCCAGCCAAUCCUCUUCGACCUUGGAUAGAAGAGCAAACGGAAAUACCCAACCGGGCAAAUACCCUUGCCAACAUAGGAGCGAGCGCACUCCAGCCUCCAACGAAUACGGUCCCAAGAGAUCCCAUGGCGGGAGGGUUUGGGAUACAAGACAUCCCUGUGAUGGAGCAUCAGGCCCAAACUGCUCCGCAAGUGGGAGGGGACAUGGACAUGACAGAUGCUCCAGGGGCGUUGGUCAUGAGUCACAUGCAAGCCAACCAUCACACGGAGAUGGCCCAGCACGGUCGGCGGGCAUCGCAAGGAAAAUAUGAGCAAAUCUUUGCUUUCGUUGUGAACCCGAUGAUCUUCUUCCAGGUAUCGGUAAGACCGCGAGUAUUGCCGGCAAAAGCAGCGCCAACCCUUGAUACUCUACCCAUUAGUAUCCUAGAAAGGAUCUUCGACAAACUAGAUGGAGCAUCCCAAGUUUGCCUAGCACUCACAGCAAAGGCGUUCGGCCGCGCGGUCCGCAGCGUGAAUUAUAGGCGAGCGCUCUGGUAUACCGCGGUCGAAAGGGAGCAGCUCCUAUGCUGGAGGCUCGCAUCCAGCAUCCCAAGGACCUUAAAACUCUGCCACACGUGCAUGAAAUAUUAUCCCACGGAUCCACAGUGGUGGGGCAGAAGAAAGGCUUGGAGGCAAGCAAGGACAAAAAGCCAAAUCUACGGCAGAAUUCUCGCAGAUUAUGAGUUUAAAAACGUCGCCUGUCCCGAGUGCACGGCUGAGGCUAGGUGGACGAACGUAAUGCGGAAGCACAGCGCCCUGCAGCAGGCCCUAGGCUUGUAA